CUCGUGUCCACACCCUGAAGAAUUUUCUGGAAGCCAUUUUCUGAAUGUUUAAGGACUGUGGGAAAAUGCUGGUAAAAGUGAGACUGGGUGAUGUCCAAAAAGUUGUUAGAAUAACAGAACCAAAUUUGUCAGACUUUUUGAAUGCAGCAUUUGCCAAAUUCGGUGUCCCAGCUGUAACAGAAGGUGUCAAAGUUGUUGACAGUUCAGGGACUGAGAUAGAUGAUGAUGUUUUUGAGGAAAUUGUGAAGGAUCCAUCCACUGGGGUUCUAACCAUCAAAUACGAAACAGAAUCUAUCUCCAUAGUAACCUCUCCAAAGUCCCAAUCAUCCGUUUGUUCAUUGGACUCAGACACAAUCAUCCUUGAAGACACUCCUACCAGAAAGCGUCAGAGGCUGAACUCUGAAGCUAUGCAACUGGUGAAAUCCAUUCUUACCAAGAAAUCAGGUGGAGAAUAUAUAAUAAAUGAAUAUAACCGAACUAAGUCCUUGACAGAUGAGAGCAGAAGAAAAUUGGUGAAUAUACUGGCAGCUGAGAUGACGGAGAAGAAUGGUACAUCUCCAUCUAGACAGGUGAAGGAAAUGUAUGCACAAGGAAUUGUGAACUUGUUCCCCAACCUCAAAGACCCAUUUUCCAAGAAUGGGUAUGAACAUUUUUAUGAUAGCAACAGUAGUACUGGGUACUUGGCCUGGAGAAUUAAAACUAUUCAGAGAUGCAGUGUUAAAGAAAGACGAUCAUCAUUUGGAGCUUUGGCGGAAGGACCAUCUGAUGAAGACAAGUCGGGAGGACCAACUGUUGGACGAGUUACCCAAUUCAUUCCAGAGAUUGUCCUGUCUGAAGAUGAGUGCAAGGAAGCGAUGUCACUGAUGAAACAUUCGGCUGACGUGGACAUGGUCAUCAAAAAGAUGAAGCUGACAUUUGCCCAUCGGCAUAACAUGGUCCUGGACCCACAGCAGUCAAGCAACAUUCUAUCUUAUUUUCCUCGUUUUAAAGACAUCAAAGGCUUGGUUGAACAGGAUUUUGUUCUAAUGUUUGGAGAGGAUGUAUCGGGCAAGUUUCUGGAGAAGUGGCCAACCACAUUCAAAAAGAAGAUCAUCCAACAAUGCAGAAAGCUUCCCUCCAUCACUGAGCUUGAGGAACUCCUGAUGGCAGCUGACCCUCCUGAGGAUGGGGCUGAAGUGAACGUUGACUUUGGUUGGGACAGUGAUCUCUCAUCGAUUUUGCUGCUCUUGCACUUGAUCCCACCGACUGCUCUAGGUCGGAAGAGGCCAGGAAAAGUUUCUGCAUCCCGAGCUGAGAAGCAUCUUGUGGUCUUCAAGAAGGUGCAUGUCUUGGAGGUGGAAGGAAGCCGGAGUACCCGGAGGGAACCCACGCAGUCAUGGGGAGAACAUGCAAACUCCACACAGAAAGAUCCCGAGCCCGGGAUUGAACCCAGGACUACUCAGGACCUUCGUAUUGUGAGGCAGACGCACUAACCCCUCUGCCAUUUCUGUCAGAGCAUAAAUGGCUCUGACUGUGUUUUUACAACCUUAUCAGUAAGUGUUCCAUGAACUCUUUGUAAAAUAGCUGCAGCCCUUCCUGUAAGCAGUGCUGCACGUGAAGUGAGCUUUUCAGCUCUAACGCUCAUAAAAACUCAUUUUUCGUACAACUAUGGUUGACACGAGGCUUAGCCAUUUAGGUAUCCUAAGCAUUGAGUCCAAAAGAGCUGAGGACUUGAACAUGGAUGAUUUUAUUAAAGCGUUUGCCUGCCAACACAAGA